CUCGUAGCAUCGUGUGCCAGCAACUCGAACCAUCCAGUUCCCCACCUCACACACCCGCACUCACACCUCUCUGGCCACCAACAUGGCCGACUCCGCCCCAAAAAUCGACCCCUCUGCAGAGCAGACGACGUCCACCGGCCCUACCCUCGUCAAGGAUGAGACCGCCAGAGUGACCGAGGAGCUAGAAGCCCCCAAGCCCGCCGAGGAAAAACCCGCUGCCACCAUCGCAGACACUGCCACCAACGCCGCCACGGCGGUGAAAGACAACGUCUUUGCCAUGUUCGGCGGAGGGCCCAAGAAAGAGAAGCGGGAGGAAGUCGACGACGUGGACGAGCCUUCAGGAUCUUCCAAGGCCAAAGCGGCCGAACAGGAGGAUGAAGUCGAGAACGUGGAGCCCGACGUCCACUUCGAGCCCGUUGUGCGCCUGACAGAGAAGGUCGAGACCAAGACGAAUGAGGAGCUCGAGGAGCAAACAUUCAAGAUGCGCGCCAAGCUGUUCAAGUUCGACCGCGAGUCGCGGGAGUGGAAGGAGAGGGGCACCGGCGACGUCAGGUUACUGAAGCACAAGGAGAACGGCAAGACGCGCCUGGUUAUGAGGAGAGACAAGACUCUCAAGGUCUGCGCCAACCACUACGUUGUCCCUGACAUGAAGCUAUCCCCCAACGUCGGCAGCGACCGAAGCUGGGUCUGGAACGCCGCUGCGGACGUCAGCGAGGGCGACCCAGAGGCUCAGACUCUGGCCAUCCGGUUUGCGAACAGUGAGAACGCCAACCUCUUCAAGGAGGCCUUCAUCAAGGCCCAGCAGGAGAACGAGGCUCUCUUCAAGGCUGCCGAGUAGCUGCGAUUCUGACAUGGCGAGAGAAUAAAGGCUGCGAUCCAUUGGGCGACUGGAAGGCUGAGGGUGGUUGAGAGGCUUUCGUAUGGUACCAUAGAGUUCUCAUACUGCACAUACUAGCAACAAAUUGGCCUGGCUAUGCCUGCAGCAAAUCAUAGUUAGAUCAAACACUCCCCUGAACACUACCUCAAUGCGCAUACAACUACUUGCUUGUUCUGGUUUUGGGAUUGAUGAAGAGCCUAGCAUCCGGUUUGAUGGCAGCAUUCUUGUCGUCAUGGUGGAUAGAGAGUAGCAAUCACUGAUUCCAAGCACCUCGAGCAUCUGAUAAUGCCAAGCACAUUCUUGUCUUUACCUACUUAGGUACCUAGCUUUAUGUACCAUAAAAGUGUCAAGUUUUGGUUCCAUGCAGGUUCGAUCAACUGCAUUUUGUAUAGAUAGUAGAUCGCCUUGCAGCACUUCUACAGU